AGAUCUCGAUACCGCUUCCCAUGAGAGGAUUGCGGCGAUCUUCUAUUGGAACUCACUGCCUCAGACGCAAACGGUGCGUCAGAGCUAUGGUCUCUGGUCUUCCCUAGAACUCAAGGAGAGGACCCUUACGAAAGCUAUUGAUCUCACCAGGCCUCUAUUUGAGGUAGACGAGACUGGUGGUGGUCCCACUCAAGCAGGAGGCCCCAAGGAAUUCAGCGCGAUAGUUGCCGCCCCAGGAAAGGGCCAGCAGCCCCAGAAGGGCAAUUCUAAAGGCUGGAGAUCUUCUAAAGGCUGGAAUCAGAGGUGGUUCUUUGGCAAGGGGAACCAACCUCAAAAAGGAAAAGGCCAGUCCAAGGGACAUAGCAAAAGAAAAGGAUAUC